UCUGCUGAUCAAGGACUCGUUGGAAGGGGACAUGAUUGACAACCUUUCAGGUUCAGUUUUUCAUCAUUACUGCACUCCUCCAGUCUGCAAGGACUGCAAGAGCCACCCACAAGAGAUCCAGUUGGCGGAGGUGGAGCAGGCGUCUCUGAUGUCGGAGCAGCUGUCAGACAAGUCUUCAUCUCUAGCGCUGCCCGAUGACCUCAGCCUGGACGAACACAGCAGCUACCAGCUGCUGGUCAGAGACAGCCAGAGGGGCAGCAGUGACUCCCAUAGUUCAGAGGAGUUGCUAAACCAGGGGGUCUACAGAGGGCUGCAUCCCUCCAGCUCAGGCAGCGAGCUCGGGGUCCAGGAGCUGUGUGAGGUGGGCGUCCAUCCUCGACUGAACGCUCCCUCACUGGAGCAGCCAAGUCCAGAGCAUUGCACAGCUAGGGAAGGAGAAGGUUGCAGUGGAGGUGAUGGCGGGUCUCCCUCUGUCUUCCACCUACCAGCAGACUUCUUCCACCCAGCUGCAGCAGCUCAUCCAGGCAGUCCUGAGAAUGGAAUUAGCCCAGGACACAGAGGGCCAUCCAGGUUGGCCUCCCCAGCCUCAUGGGCCUCUCUUCGAUCACCCGGAGCCAACAGCAGGCCCCUGAGCGCUCAGCACCCAUCUCACAGUGACUCCUCCCUGGCCACCGGUAGUUCAGAGGGCAGCUUGCAGACCACUGUAGAGGAAGGGCUUAGCUUUAGCGUCUCCCCACCUCAAGAUCAGGAUCUCCCUGUGCCUCUCCACUACCCCCUCCCAAGCCAAUCCUUACACCCUCAAGAACAGGCAACAGGAGACCAAGACCAUCAUUUACCCAAGAGAUGUAGUACUACUUUUAACCUCCAAGCCACCAGGGGGCACCAGAGGAGCCAGAGCAGUUGCGGUGGCGGUAGCACCAGCCCUGGCUGCCCCCGACUGGACUCCAUGGACCCAUCAGAUGAGGAUGUGGGCACAGGGACAGUUGGCGAAGGCUUUCAACAGACCCUCAACAGUGAACACUUGUCAGAAACUCUGAACAGCCUCUCGCUUACAUCACUGCUCACACAGGGCUCCCUGGCUCCCCCACUGGUGAAGAAAUGUAACAGCACAGGCUCACUGAACCAAACAAAUCUAUCUGCCCGAAGUAAAGAUGGAUGCAGCUUUUACGGCAUAAAUUCACACAGUUACUUGUCCAAGCCAUGGACAGAGGGAAGGGCUAGGAGUGAUAAAGAGGACAGUGAUAUCGCAGCCUUCAGCAUGAAAAGCAGCAGUCGGCCAACAGACACAAGCUCCAGGAAAAAUAGAUGAAACACUUGUUGCCUCUCUGUAGUUUAACUCUUAACAAAUUGCAUUACUUGAACCUCAAACAGUAAAGGGGGAGACUUGUAAUACAGUACAUGCCAGAUGAACACAAUUUGGAAAUUCUCACUUUGAAUUUUCUGUUCUAUCUUGAUCCUACUUCGAUAUGGCUGCUUGGGAUCAGUCAUUUCUCAAAAGAUUACAGCUGCCUCUGAGGUCUGACAUCCUAUUUUUCUUCACAGGAUAAUGUGGCUGCUUUUUGAAAGGACUGAAAGAUGAUGACAGGGGCUUAGCCUUUUUAGUGUGACCAGGAUUCAGCCUUGAUGGAUAUGGCAGUUCUGGGCUCUGUAUGUGAGCCAUCCUGAAAUAAAAGAAUAUCGAGAAAGCCAUUAGAGAGAAAGGCCGGAGAAUUACAGCGACUGAUGAACAUUAUUCAGGUUAUGUUAUUUUAAUAGGACUGAAAUUCAAUUUCAGAACUCGCUUGACCCAACGUGCCCUCAACCUUUGUGCUAAAACAGUGUCAUCAACAUUGGACAGAUGGCGAACUCUGAAACUUCUUUUGAAGAAGAGCUGAACUCUGUACAGGUUUUUGUAAUAACCAUCGCAAACAGUAGCAUUUCCCAACCUUCUUGCCUGUUUAGCAGAUUUGUUGGAUAACAGAAAAUUCAAAGCUUGUAUAUUUUCUGUGUUCCUUUUCAACUUCAGUGUAUUGAAGUUGUGUGAAUGUAGACACGUUUGUCAUUAUGUGGGAGGGAAUGGUAGACCAUGACAACCAAGGAGACUGGCUAGUCUGAAAAAAUGACAGAGACUUUUCAGAUAGAAGAAUGGUUAUGUUACUGCUGCUGAGAAUACAUGUGGGUCGUUCGUUGUCUGCUUUCAAAGUGGACUUUUUGUGCUUUCUGCAUACCCAUGAAAGGGCUAAAAAUGUAUUGAGUGCAGACCUGGGCCGAAAGACAAGCAAAUAAUCAUAUUGCUACCAAACAUUAAGCUUAAAAUGUCUCUUGGUAUAAG